GGAGUACGAGCCUCGUGCGUGCACGAAAGGCUCAAAAAAGUGCACCAAAAUUGUAAAAAAAAGGAAAAGAAAAAAGAAAUGCCAAUAAGCUUGGUAGCAUCAAAUUUCAAUCCAUUUUCAGCCAUUUUCAGAUCAAAGACCAGACCUUAUUUAAUCCCAUCUCUUACUGCUACUACUAUCCGUUGCAGCUCUCUCACAACUCUUGAAAUUGGUUUUUCUUUCUUGGUCCAAUUGCAGACAUGGAUGGCGCUGCAGGCCCAAACUUGUUCCCGUUGCACCGUUGGAUCUUCUCAAGAUUGCCUUAUUUUUCACUAGCUUUAAAGCAUCGUGGUCUUAUAAAACAAUACAUACAGGUGAGACAUGCACAAGGGAUUCACAAUGUAGAAGGGGAAAAUAAUUAUCAAGCAUACUUAUCUCCAGAUUUUUUUGAUGCACAGCUUACCCCUCUUGGCUGGGAGCAGGUUGAUAAUUUGCGUAAGCAUGUUCGGGCAUCCGGACUUGCUAAGAGAAUUGAUUUAGUGAUUACUUCUCCUUUGCUAAGGACAAUGCAAACAGCGGUGGGAGUCUUUGGUGGUGACGGCUAUGUUGAUGGGGUGGAUGUAGCUCCUUUAAUGGUGGCAAAUGCAGGGAACAGCAAUCAUUCUGCAAUUUCAAGUUUAAAUUGCCUGCCCUUUGUUGCAGUGGAAACAUGCCGGGAACAUUUGGGAGUUCAUCCGUGUGAUAAGAGGAGAAGCAUAAGUGAAUACCGUCCGCUUUUUCCUGCAGUUGAUUUUUCACUGAUAGAGAGUGAUGAAGACAUUUUGUGGAAGGCUGACAUUAGAGAGACAACCGAAGAAGUUGCAGCUAGGGGAAGGAAGUUUUUGAACUGGUUGUGGACGCGCAAAGAAAAGGAGAUUGCUAUUGUUACCCAUAGUGGAUUCUUGUUUCAUACCCUAAAAACGUUCGGAAAUGAUUGUCAUCCCUUAGUUAAGGAAGAAAUUAGCAAACACUUUGCCAAUUGUGAGCUCCGUUCAAUGGUCAUGGUCGAUACAAGUAUGAUCGGAUUGGAUUCCUCGACAACUAAUUUUCCAGGAAAGAUUCCUCAAGGACCCGAUCUACCAAGUGAUGUUGCACAUGAGAAACACUCAGAGAAGGGAGGAGGGACCAAUUAAGUGUAGAUGGAAUGUUGUGGAAAUUGAAUUUCACCAUUGUACUAGACAGAAAAGCCAUCUGUUACUUUCAGUCUUGGAAAAUAGCAUUUUGAGAUGCCCACUUAAUACGCUGUUGUUACACAAAUCUGAGAUUAUAGAGGUAUUAUAAUCAUUUGAUUCUUUUUAUAACAAGUUGGUGAAAAUCAAUUCGUCCGAUCCAACUAGAUCCAUGUAAUUGGGUUGGAGAAAUAUACUUGUUUUCUUUUGGACUGAUCAUACAUGUAAUAUGAAGUUCAUAUAUACCUUUAUAUUUGAUUCGCUCAGGAACAUGCCUGUUAAAUGUCAUUUAUACACAACGGAUUCUGAUUUCCA